CAGCAGGAAGCGGGCUCAUACCUGACUUCCUGGGGUCAACAGAUGUCAUUCUCGCAGUGGUAAUUCUAACGCUUGUGAUAUCAGGAGGUCAUUUUAAAGCAGACUGCUUGAAAUGGUGGAGCAAAGCUAUCCGACUGGUUCGAGCCAGCGGCUUGAGCAUGGAGGAUGAUGGAAUGAAGGCUGGAAGCAUCUCUGGCCAACUAUACAAUGGGCAAACUUCACACCGUGGGUGGCUCAUCGUCAAAGAGGAACGUCGACGGCUCUUUUGGCUAGUUUAUUGCCUCGACCGCCAUCUUGCGCUUUCGUUUAAUGGCACUGUGAACUUCCCCGAAGGAACAUUCCGCGUCGCUGCACCGCUACCAGAAGCCCUCUGGCAAAGUCUAGAAAACAUCGAUCUGAAUUUUAUCCCUGCGGCUCACCUAGGUCCUCCGACAAAAAUCACUGGAUAUGGGUUCUUCGAAUAUUUCCUUCCUCUGGCCACCGUGCUUGGCCACAUUAUCGACUUCCACCACAUGCAGAAUCACCCUCUCCUUGGUCAAUCUGUCUUUCCAAAGGCAAUUCACCAAAUCGAAACCCUAAUAUCACAACGCGAACAAGACUUAGUGGAAUUGAAAGACGACCUGGAAAACCCUCUCCCGACCCAACCCGUACUCGACCCGUUCAGCAUCACUCACCCCCUUAGCUACGGUAGUAACGCUGCAGUGAUGGACUCCAAAAAGCCACUAGUUAUUGCAUACAGCUCCCAUAUGCUCCACGUGUUCUAUAUCCUUCUGCACGGAAAAUGGGACCCGAUCUCCAUGAUUGAGGACAAAGACGAUUGGAUCAUGUCGGACAGUUUCCAGGCUUGUGCUUCUCACGCUCUCAGCGCCACCGCUGCCGUCCAUCAAAUCCUCACGCUUGACCCGGAACUGAAUUUCAUGCCGUACCUCUUCGGCAUAUAUCUGCUUCAAGGAAGUUUCAUCCUUCUGCUGUUUGUUGAUCGGAUGCCCGAACUAGGAUUCAACAAGUCGGUCGAGGAAGUAUGCGAGACUAUUAUACGCGCCCACGAAGUGAGUGUCGUGACGUUGGAUACCACAUUUCAGGUAUAUCGUUAUGUCUUCUCUACCCUUGCCUAUAACAAAACUCACAAGUGUAGAAAAACAUCCGGAAAGUCUUCCGAUCGAUGCUGCAUGACGCGCAACGGGCAGAUCCUCAUUUCCGGGAGACGCAUAAAGCACGGCGACGAGAAAUUCUGUCUCUCUACCGAUGGACGCGCACUUCGCAUGGGUUGGCGUAUUAAAUGAUUCUCGAGUGUCCGUUUUUGGUGUUCAAGCGAGGAGUUGCCGGUUAGCGAUUCACCUUUGUAUUUCUUUGGACGACCAAAAUAAAAU